ACACAAACAAAAUUGUAAUACAAAACCUUACAUAAAUCUUUACAGAGACCAAGUAACAUUGAAAACAUAUUUUCAUAUAUCUUUGUGUUCUUUGUUCUAAAUCAUGGCGGAUUUUCCGGAUCAACCUUAUGCGGUUUACAACCCAUAUAACAUGGUGAUAACUUUGUCACCAUUCGACGUAAAUUCGAGUAAUACGAUAAUGAUGCCAAAACCGUUACUAGAAGCCAACUUAUUUCGUUUCAUGGAUUUAAGUGAUGUCGUCGAACUAUUACAAGUUCAAGACCAGCCAAGGAUGAUUGAACUUUUUGAUAUCGAUACUAAGAUUACAACAUUUCUUACCAUUAGAGAAGAAGGAAAUAAUUUCAAAUUUUAUGGGUGGAAAACUAUUCUCCAACGAAAAAAUUACAAGGCAGGCGAUGAAAUUGCAUUUUGGUGGGAUCUCCACCACACUAGACUUAAUUUCAAACAGGUUGCUUAGUUGAUGGAGUUAAUCUUUACAACUUCAUUUCUCGAAUAAUAUGUAAACCGGCUUUUAUCUUGAUCAAGUCCGGUUAGGUUUCGUUUUAUUGAAAUGAAUUAUUAUUAAAAGGUUGUCUAGUUCUAGUGAUCAUAAUUAUAAAUAAAUCUAUUUGGCUUUGUAAGAUAAUAAUAUAUUUGGUAAUUAAUUUUUUCCAAAUUU